AUGAUAAAAAAAAAGGGGGGAAGGAAUCUUGUUAUUAACAUAUAUAUACUCUUUACUGCUUUAUUAGCAUAUUCACAAAGUGCCUGGGAAGAAAUGGAUGCUGGUCAUUAUGAAUUCCCUUUUGCAUUGAAGUUUCCUAAUGUGAAUUAUCCCCCUUCAAUGGAAGAACCUCCUGGAUUUGGAAUUCGUUAUAUUUGGACAGCUCAAGUGGAUGGACCAGGAUUACAAUCUGGAUUACGAAGUAGAGAAUAUAUUACACCUUACAGACCCAUUAUUGUAUCCACAGAAGAAAAAGAAUGGACGUAUAGAACCACUUUGACUCGGGAUAAGAAACAAGCUUUGGCUGAAGUUCGUGGAAAAUUAUUUAAACAAUGUUAUUGCCCAGAUGAACCUUUCUCAAUGCAACUUAAUAUGACGACAUUACAUUCGGACUGCAAAUUCAGUAAUAUUUCAUUCAAAUUUCGAAAACAUCAUGAAGGAAAAAUGUUGAUACAACAAGGCACAGCAUUCAGAGAACACACUCGUACAGUUUUACAUGGCACAGUACCUAUUAGUGGCAGUAGUACUAAUACCAAUCUAUCGGAACUCAUCUCAUUCGACAUACCUACUCGACUGGUAUCACCCUCCUUUACAACACGACAUACUCGAGUAUACUACGAUAUUCAAUUCCAAGUACAUAUAGAACAUGGUCAUCUCUUCAAAUCAGCUCAUACAGCCGAAUUUGCCAUUCCUUUGACCAUCGCUAAUUUGCCUCAUGAACAACUCUUACGUAUUCCAAAUUUAACAUCAACACAACACUAUCAAAAUUCCAAAGAAUGUCCCUUCUUUUUUGAUCCAGCAUUAGAAGAACCACCUUCACCUCAAGGCCUUCCUAGUGAAUUGAUUGCUCCACUGACAGCUGCUUUGAUGAGUCCUCCUCAGAAUGAAGAACCUCCUAGUUACUUUAGUUUACCCAGUUUACCACCUCAGUUUGAAAUAAGGAAGGAACGAAAGGAACGAACUAUAUGCAUGUCAAAACCGGCAAAAGGUGCUUAUUAUGCAGUCGAUCUUGGUGAUGCUGUUGUUAUUCGUGGUCUUUAUGAUGAAUCCAGUUGGUGA